GGCUCCUCAGAAGACUUUCAGUACAGUCAAGAGGCAGCACAGAAUGCCGAUCGUGUGGAGCAGAAGCAACGUGUGCGGAGACUCAAACACUCGCUCUACUUCAAAAUGUUGGUUAAUACUUGGGUUCUUCCUUUUCCUCGUGGAUCCAAUGACCGGAGAAAAUAAAAUCGACGCCCGCCUCAAUCGAAAAAGUUGCGGUUUGUCCCAAGCCACUGGCAGGGUUUUCAAUGGCGAUCCCAUAAGCAGGACGCAAAUUCCUUGGAUAGUACAGAUAGACAUACAUCUUCGAGGCACGGAUACUGGCAGUCUGUGCGGUGGAAGCAUCAUUACACGCAAUGUCGUGAUGACUGCAGCACAUUGUAUACCUCACGGGUUCCAUCCAAAGAAAUUGUAUAUCUACUACAAUUCGACAAAGAGAAGCGCUGGCCCAGUAAAUUAUGUGGACCGCAUCCUUACGCAUCCCCAAUACAAUCAACUCAAAGCAGUAAAAUAUGACAUCAUGCUGUUGAAGGUUCGAAAUUAUUUUAGGUUUGAUAAAUUUGUUCGACCAAUAUGCCUUCCCAAUAGAGAUAUUAUUGUUGGAAAUAGAUCAUUAUUAUCUGGCGGCUGGGGAGUUUUUAAUGAUCAGCGGACUCCCGUCGCCUCCAAAAAUCUGAUGUACAUACAUCUUUACGCAUUCGCACAAGAGAUGUGUGAAUUUUUAAUAAGUCUUGUUCGAGGUGUCAAUUCAUCUGGAUUCGAUUCCAAAUAUGCCCUGUGUUUGAAAGGGUACAAGGGAAAUCUCUGCCGAGGUGACUCUGGUGCCCCGAUAACCAUGAGACGCAAAAGAGGAAAAUCUGUGCAAGUUGCCAUACUAAGCGGUGGAACAUCGCGCUGUACCCACAAGUUUAAAUUUUCAAUUACAGUUCGUGUUUACAAGUUUUUGUCCUGGAUAAAAGAAGCCCUCAGGAACUCUAAAAGCUGGAAAAUGAUUUAAGGUCGCAAUGAUGAAUUCAUUUAAUGACUGGCAUUGUAAUUGACAUAUAUGUUCGAAAUAAAGCUGCAUAAGUUGUGCGGCAUCAGAUGGAAAA